UGAGAAAAGGCCUGACCAGUCCAGUCAAACCCACAAGCUUUGACCGAAAAGGAGAAAAUUCCACAGUCAAACUUCCAUCUCAGCUUCGAAGAAAGUAGCUCAGCUCCACGAAACCUUAAUUGCCAACAAAACAAAAAUCACUCCUCUGUUCCUCUUCCCUCCUCCUUCUUUUCUGCUCCUCCUUUUUUUUUUUUCUGUUAAUAUAAAUAAGCCUUCAUUCUGUAACUUCUUUCCAACACACACCUUCCUUCUUCUUCCAGUGACUUCCUUUUUCCCAAAAAAGGAAAAGGAAAAGAAAAUACUAACAUGAAUAACAUAAACCAAACGAUAAAUACACUCUCUGGCGGAUCUUCUGACAACAAAACCAAUAAUUUCGCUAUGGAAGUUCCGAAAUUCAAGUCUCUUCAACCUCCUCCAUUUCCAAUGUCUCCUUCUUCUUACCUUUCCUCUUUCUCUUCUGGUUUAAGCCCCACUGAGUUUCUUAAUUCCCCUCUCCUUUUCUCCUUCGGUGUUUUUCCUUCUCCUACCACUGGUGCCUUAAACUUGAGAAAUGAUUAUGAGGAGAUUGACCAGCAAGAAAUGAAGGGAGAUGUGAAAAAUAAUUACUCUGUUUCUUCGUUCAACCCACAAACAGGAUCCUCUGUUUCGUCUUAUUUUCAGUCCUCUUCUUCCAACGUGAUCCAACUGAAUCCAGGCGGUUUUUCGUGUGAUGAAAAUAGAGCGAAAUCAGAAUUUGUUACUACAGAAAUGGUGGUAGCUGAAUCAAAGCCAAUUUCCCAGCUAUCAAUUUACAACAGAGAACAGCACAAAUCAGAGAACGAUGGAUAUAACUGGAGAAAAUAUGGUCAAAAACAAGUGAAAGGAAGCGAAAAUCCACGAAGCUAUUACAAGUGCACUUUUCCAAGUUGCCCAACAAAGAAGAAAGUUGAAAGAUCUUUAGAUGGGCAAAUUACUGAGAUUGUUUACAAGGGAAGCCAUAAUCACGCCAAGCCCCAGCCGACAAGACGUUCCGGUAACUCCGCUGUUUACGAUCCAUCGGCGGCGGAUUCUGCCCUGCUGCAGGAGGAUUCCUCCGUCUCGGUGGGGGACGAGGAAUUCGAACCCAAUUCGCCGUUUAGCAACUCGAUGGACGACAAUGAAAAUGAACCGGAAGCUAAGAGAUGGAAAGGGGAGAAUGAAAAUGAAGGAUAUUGUGGGGGUGGAAGCAGAACAGUGAAAGAGCCAAGAAUUGUGGUUCAAACAACCAGCGAAAUUGACAUAUUGCCGGAUGGUUAUAGAUGGAGGAAAUAUGGACAAAAAGUUGUCAAAGGAAAUCCAAAUCCGAGGAGCUACUACAAAUGCACAUCUUUAGGCUGCCCGGUGAGGAAGCAUAUCGAGCGAGCGGCCAACGACAUGAGGGCUGUGAUCACCACCUACGAAGGCAAACACAACCAUGAAGUUCCAGCAGCACGUGGCAGUGGUGGCGGUGGCUAUAACGCCAUCAACCGACCUAUAUCGACCAACAUUCCAAUGCCGGUGAGACCAUCCGCCAUCACCAGUAAUUCUUUCACGGCAAAUUUUCCUGCCGCGUUCCAGCCAGCAAAUUUAGGGAUGUCAGAAAUAGGAGCAGAAGCAUCAUUGUUCCGAUUUCAAACAUCACAAGGACUGCCUCCAAGUUUCCAAGUUUCAGGAUUUGGAUCAGCAGCUAAGGAAGAAGCCAGAGAUGAUGACAUAUACUUCAAUUCAUUUCUAUCUUAGAGUUUCUUUGUUUUUGUUUGUAGCAUUGUAAAAUUAGUAGGGGAUGAUGAGUAGAAUAGAAUAGAUAAUUGACUUGGAAGAGAGUGAAUUUGUUGAUUGGUUAUUAGGUUAGAGAUGAGUUUAGGAGAUAUGUGGGUUUGUUGUAUCAAUUAAAUAAUAUAGUGGUUUAAAUGACUGAGAAGUUUACACA